AUAUAUAUAUAUAUUUUUUGCUUCCCACAUGAUUUGAACUGGAUGGAGUUUGAUUGGCACAGACUAAUGUUUAAAUCCUACGGUCAACUAUGUCGGAACAACCAGAUAUUACUUUUAGUUUAGAGUGGAUUAAUUACGUCGAUCUACGCUCUCUAUACGAGGCCCUCGCGUUACUCCGUUCUUCCGCUCCCCAUUCCUGAUCCCCGACAGCCGAUCUCGAGCCCUUCUCAUUCGAUUCAAGGAGUUGGAGAAUGGGUCGUGGUGUAAGCAGUGGAGGAGGACAGAGUUCUCUGGGCUACCUCUUUGGGAGUGAUGAGACCCCUAAACCUGCUGCAAAUCAAACUCCAGCUGCUGACAACACUUUACAUUCCCAAAAGCCUUCUACUGCUUCACCAACUGUUGAUGUCAGCAAGCAGAUUCCAGCAGGCAUCCAACAAAAAAUAGCAAACAGCUACCACCGUGCGGAUGGCCAGAACAGUGGCAAUUUUCUUACGGACCGGCCUUCAACCAAGGUUCAAUCUGCUCCUGGUGGCGGUUCUUCCCUCAGUUACCUCUUUGGUGGUGGCGGCAACUGAUGAACUUAUUUCUGGUUAGAACUGUGAAGUGUCUCAAACAAAUGAAGAAAUGAUAUCAUUGUUUAGACCUGCUCAUUUCAAAUGAAUGAUGAUUUUUUUUUAUUGCUGGGAGACCGACAUAUACUUGCUGAACCAAGAUGUUUUUUGUGGCGAUUUGUUUGCCUAAUUGAUGAAUAGAUGAGAAACCUUCAUCCCUAAGAUAGAAGUGUGUUUU